UAUAUUUUUAAACGUAAGAAACUCUCAAACAAAUGAAGUACCGCAAAAGCAACCCAAGUUCGCUCUGAGCUCGCCCCUGUUACGUCAUUAAAUGACGUUACGCACAAGUCGUAAAGCGGCCGGAUCGUAAUGCAUCCAUUAAAGUUAGCGUUAACGUUAAAUGCACCCAGCAAACAUAUGCGUCGCACACGAGAAGCGGAAAGGGGAGCGGUGGAGUACGACUGGGAUAUGUACUCGAGAGGAGUCUCCAGGACUCCAGGCUCCAGGCUCCUGGCAAAGGUUAUGCCAUUAAAUUGCAAUUCCUUUCGAUUUGUGCUGCGUUGCCUGGCCAUUUAUCUCGUCCUUCCCAUUCCAGAGCCAUCCCCAUUUUAUCCUCUGGACUAUGGAUCCCAUCCUCCUCCCUCCUGGGUGUCUGUGUGCUUGUGCCUGUGCCUUAUGCAAUCUUCCAGCGUUGUACCCUUUAAUCUGCGUCGUGUACUUGACACAAAUGCCGCACAAAAAACAACAAAAAAACAGAAGCAGAAGGAGCCGGAGCUAAAGUUUUAUGCAGAAACUGAGGCAUACAUAGAAAGAGAUGCAGAGAUAUCUAGAGAUGGGGCAAGGCGCUGCACUUUGCAUAAAGGUAAAAAGGCAAAAGCAUGAACCCAUAUGCAGCAGACACCGGAGUUGGUUGUGCAUAAAUCUUGUCGCUGAAAUGUAUGCAACACAUUUAU